AUGAUCCAUGACAAGUACACUUCAGUAUUGUACCACCUCAAGUCAAAGAGAAAAAAGGUGGCUAGGAAGAUUAAACUGAUCAAAUUCAUCCACAAGGCAUCUGGGAUUUGCUUAACUGCAGCUUGUGGGUUAGUUGUAAUAAUAGCAAUAGUUAUAGCAGCACAUACUCUUGCAGCAUUAUUCAUGGCGCCUACAAUUUUCAGCUUCCCUGUAAACUUAUUACAAAAGAAGAAGAAGAAGAAGAAGCUCUUCAGGAAUUUUCCAUGUUUGAAAUGUGGGUUUCUUAGGAAAGUUGGGGAUCAGCUUGAUGUUGCAGCCAAGGGAACUUAUAUUUUGAAUAGGGAUUUCGAUACGAUGAGUAGGCUAGUUUCCAGGCUACAUGAUGAAGUUGAACACAACAAGGCAAUGAUACAAAUUUGUCUGGAGAGGAGGGAAGAUAAACUUUGUUUGCAAGUAGUGAAGGAGCUGAAGAAGAGCAAUGUUGGUUUCAGGAAACAGGUGGAGGAGCUUGAAGAGCAUGUCUAUUUGUACCUUGUCACAAUCAAUCGAGCAAGGACAUUGGUAAUCAAGGAAAUGACAACAUCAUUUAGAGAAGAACUGACGGAGUAG